UGUGCAAGCGGCUCUGCUCGUUUUUGUUCUUGUCACUAUCUGACACCUGGACCCCACUCCCUCACUCACUAACCAUCUCCCUCGAUCUCCACACUCGCCACUCACUAACCCACUCACUCACUCACUCGUCUGUUUUUAUACACUCACUCGCUCAUCAUUUCCUCUCUCACAUUCCCAACUCGCUCUGUUUCCUCUGCAACUCAGAACCAGACCAUGGAGUUCAACUCACCUUCUUCUUUUUCUUUCAUCGUCUUCUCUUUGUUCUUGCUCGUUUCCAUUUCUAACCUUGCAGAUGCAGGUGCAAUCGGAGUUAACUACGGAAGAAUAGCGAACAACUUACCUUCAGCGGUUAAAGUAGUGCAGCUCUUGAAAUCACAAGGUUUGACCAAGGUCAAAGUAUUCGACUCCGACCCGGCUGUUCUCCAUGCAUUGUCCGGAUCCGGUAUCAAAGUAACCGUCGACUUACCCAACGAGCUUCUUUUCUCAGCAGCCAAACGCCCCUCGUUUGCUUUCUCUUGGGUUAAACGCAAUGUCGCAGCGUACCAUCCGUCAACUGAAAUCGAAGCCAUUGCCGUCGGUAAUGAGGUAUUCGUUGAUCCACAUAACACUACUAAGUUUCUCAUCCCCGCCAUGGAAAAUAUUCACCAAGCUUUACGUAAGCUUAAUCUUGACUCUUCCAUUAAAGUUUCUUCUCCCAUUGCGUUAAGCGCUCUUCAAAACUCUUACCCGUCAUCCGCCGGAUCUUUCCGAACCGAGUUAAUCCAACCCGUUUUUGAGCCAUUGUUGAAUUUCCUCCGUCAAACCGGUUCUUAUCUCAUGGUUAAUGCUUACCCGUUUUUUGCUUACGAGUCGAAUUCUGAUGUUAUUUCUUUAGAUUAUGCUUUGUUUAGAGAGAAUCCGGGUGUUGUUGACGCCGGCAACGGUUUGCGUUAUUUUAAUCUCUUUGAUGCUCAAAUCGACGCCGUUUUCGCUGCUAUGUCUGCUUUGAAGUAUGAUGAUAUUAACCUUGUUGUAACGGAGACUGGAUGGCCGUCAAAAGGAGAUGAGAAUGAGGUUGGUGCUACUGUAAAUAACGCUGCUGCUUACAACGGAAAUCUCGUCCGUCGGAUUUUAACCGGUGGUGGGACCCCGUUGAGACCACAUGCAGAUCUAGCCGUUUAUCUCUUCGCUCUUUUUAACGAGAAUCAAAAGUUCGGCCCCACUUCGGAGCGAAAUUAUGGACUGUUUUACCCCGACGAGAAGAAAGUUUAUGAUAUUCCUCUCACUGUUGAGGGCUUAAAGAAUUACAAAGACGACAGUAACCGCUCGCCGCCGGUUACUGGCGGCCAACAGGUGGCGGCUCCGGUGAGCGGAGGCGUGUCGAAGAGUACUACUGGUAACACGUGGUGCGUGGCGAAUCCUGACGCAGGGAAAGGGAGAAUGCAGGCGGGUUUAGAUUACGCUUGUGGUGAAGGCGGAGCUGAUUGCCGUGCGAUUCAACCUGGUGCCACGUGUUAUAAUCCUAACACACUUGAUGCACACGCAUCUUUUGCUUUCAACAGUUACUAUCAGAAGAAAGGGCGGGAGAUGGGCACCUGCUAUUUCGGUGGCGCAGCUUAUGUUGUCACUCAACCCCCAAAAUAUGGGGAGUGCGAGUUUCCAACAGGAGCAAAUUGACAUUAAUAAUAGUUAGUUCUUUUUGUUGGGUUUAUAUUAAAAUUUUGGGGGGCUUAAUGUAUUUAUUGUGUAGUAGUUGGAGUUGUUAGGUAAUUAAUUUGGAGGACCGUUAUUUGUAAUUAUAGUAGUAGCUUUUAAUUAACAAUUGUUUCGUUCACUUUCUAUUUAUCUGCACAAGGUCUUGACUCUUGUAUUGGUUCGUUUCAUUAAUUCAGAUCUUGACUAGUUUGGUUUA